AUGAAUCCCUUCUCGUCCGGCACGCGCCUGAGGGACAUGAUUCGGUCAAUACGUGCCUGCAAAACUGCUGCAGAGGAGCGUGCUGUUAUUAGGAAGGAAUGUGCUGCCAUUCGUGCUGCCAUUAGUGAAAAUGAUCAAGAUUAUAGGCAUCGUAAUCUUGCAAAACUCAUGUUUAUUCACAUGCUUGGAUACCCUACACACUUUGGGCAAAUGGAAUGCCUGAAGUCAAUCGCAUCUCCUGGAUUCCCGGAGAAGAGAAUAGGAUAUCUUGCCCUCAUGUUGCUUCUUGAUGAAAGACAAGAAGUUUUGAUGUUGGUUACCAAUUCCAUUAAACAAGAUCUUAAUCACACCAAUCAGUAUAUUGUGGGGCUAGCUCUUUGUGCUUUGGGGAAUAUUUGUUCUGCAGAAAUGGCUCGUGACCUUGCCCCAGAAGUUGAAAGGUUACUACAAUUCAGAGAUCCAAACAUCCGAAAGAAAGCAGCCCUCUGCGCCAUCAGAAUUGUGAAAAAAGUUCCAGAUCUGGCAGAAAAUUUCAUAAACCCUGCUGCUUCCUUACUGAAGGAAAAGCACCAUGGAGUUCUUUUAACUGGAGUGCAGCUUUGUACAGAUUUAUGCAAGAUUAGUGAUGAUGCACUUGAGUAUUUCCGAAAGAAAUGCACAGAUGGUUCAGUGAAACUGUUAAGAGAUUUGGCAAACAGUCCAUAUGCUCCAGAAUAUGACAUUUCUGGGAUUGCAGAUCCUUUUCUCCAUAUCAGAUUGCUCAAGUUUUUGCGUGUUCUAGGACAGGGAAAUGUUGAUGCCAGUGAUUCUAUGAAUGAUAUUCUUGCUCAGGUGGCUACAAAAACUGAGUCAAACAAAAAUGCAGGUAAUGCGAUUCUCUAUGAGUGUGUUGCCACCAUUAUGAGCAUUGAAGAUAGUAGUGGCUUGCGGGUACUUGCCAUCAAUAUCCUGGGAAGAUUUUUGUCCAACCGUGACAACAAUAUUAGGUAUGUUGCUCUGAACAUGCUGAUGAAAGCUAUUACCGUAGAUAGUCAAGCCGUGCAGAGGCAUAGAACAACAAUCUUGGAGUGUGUCAAGGAUUCAGAUGCCUCUAUCCGCAAAAGGGCCUUGGAGCUUGUGUAUCUACUAAUAAAUGAAAGUAAUGUGAAACCUUUGACCAAGGAGCUGAUAGACUACCUAGAAGUCAGCGAGCCAGAGUUCAGAGGGGAUCUUACUGCCAAAAUUUGCUCGAUUGUGGAAAGGUUUUCUCCAGAUAAAAUUUGGUAUAUCGAUCAAAUGCUCAAGGUUCUCUCUGAGGCAGGGAAUUAUGUGAAGGACGAUGUAUGGCAUGCUCUUAUUGUUGUUAUUACGAAUGCUUCACAUCUUCACGGCUAUACAGUAAGGUCGCUGUUCAGAGUAGUCCAAACUGCGGGUGAUCAGGAAACUCUUGUUCGAGUUGGGGUUUGGUGCAUCGGAGAAUAUGGGGAUAUGUUGGUUAAUAACACUGGAGUCCUUCAUAUUGAGGAGCCACUAACUGUUACGGAAUCGGAUGCUGUGGAUAUUGUAGAGACUGCCAUCAAACGACAUUCCGCGGAUCUCACUACGCGAGCAAUGUGUCUUGUUGCUUUGUUAAAGCUAUCCGGCCGUUUUCCAGCAUGUUCACAGAGGAUCAAUGAUAUCGUGAAUCAGUAUAAAGGAAGCUUGGUGCUCGAACUGCAGCAGAGAGCCAUUGAAUUUAGCUCUGUUGUCGAUAAGCAUAAGAAUAUAAGGUCCACUCUGGUUGAGAGGAUGCCAGUGCUUGAUGAGGAUACAUUCAGCGGAAGGAGGGCUGGUUCCGUGCCAGCAGCUGUAUCUACAUCAAAAGUUGCUCCGCUUGAUCUUCCUAACGGAGGUGGCAAAGUCAUAGAUGCUCCCCUGAUUGAUCUGUUAGGUUUUGAUGUACCGGAGCCUACCCCAGAUCAUGAUAAUCAUCACAAUCUUAUCAAUGUCAAUGUCUCACCAACUUCAUCGCCUCCAGGCCCAAAUCAUGCUCACAAUGAUUUACUGAUGGAUCUUUUGACUAUUGGAACACCUCCUGCUCAAAAUUCUUCAUCUGUUCCUGACAUACUAUCACCCAAUCAGGAUAAACUGAGUUCGAUAAAUAUUUUGGACCAGUUGUCCUCACCUGCAGCUUCAGUAGAAGGAAAAAUUCCUCCUGCAAGUUCUCCCAUGCUGGAUCUAAUGGAUGGAUUUGGUGACAGUCCAUCCAACCCUCAAGACAACGGUUCAGCAUAUCCAUCAAUUACUGCAUUUGAGAGCAGCUCUUUGAGGGUUACUUUUAACUUUUCGAAGCAGCCUGGGAACCCACAGACAACAAUCAUCGAAGCUAACUUUGAGAAUAAGACAUCCAACUCCUAUACCGAUUUCAUAUUUCAGGCUGCAGUUCCCAAGUUUCUUCAGUUGCACUUGGAUCCGGCUAGCAGCAAUGUUCUUCCUUCUAAUGGUAACGGAUCAAUCUCUCAAAGGUUACGAAUCACGAAUAGCCAACAUGGAAAGAAAUCCCUUGUGAUGAAAAUGCGGAUAGGCUACAAGAUGAACAACAAAGAAGUGUUGGAGGAAGGACAAAUCAGCAAAUUUCCCCCGGGUUUGUGA